AUGCCAGAGGUCGAGGGUGCCAGGAUAACGGUGAGAGGUCAAAGUGCGGAGGUCAUGGGUGCUAGGAGGUCAAGAGGUGCCAGAGGUCGGGCAAAAGCAGUCAGCAAGGUGCCAGGAGGUCAAGGGUGUCGUGGAGGUCAGGGUGCCAAAAGGUCGAGGUGCCAGAAGGUCGAGGGUGCCAGGAGGUCAAAGAGGAGGUCGAGGGUGCCAGGAGGUCAAGGUGCAGGAGGUCGAGGGUGCCAGGAGGCAAAGCAGAAGGUCGAGGUGCCAGGAGGUCGAGGGUGCCAGGAGGUCGAAGUAGGUGCUGCUGCCAGAGGUCGAGGUGCCAGGGAGGUCGAAGGUGCCAGGAGGUCAAGAGUGCCAGAGGUUCAAGAGUGCCAGGAGGUCAGCGGGUGCCAGGAGGUCAAGGGUGUCAGGAGGUCGAGGGUGCCAGAGGUCACGGGUGUAGGAGGUCAAAGGUACCAGGAGGUCAAGGAUGCCAGGAGGUCGAGAGACCAGGAGUGUGAGGAGAGCGCUGGGACGUCUAGACCCUGGCAGGCAGAUGAAGGCCCGUCCAUCUCCGAGGACCUACUGCACGACGACGACGACGACGACGACCACCUACCCCUCACGUCCCAGCACCGAGACCUGCGCCAGUGGGUGGAAGUGAGGGAGGAGGAGGAGGAGGAGGAGGGGGGUGAGGAAGGAGGCGGGGACACCAUGGCUAGUGACCACGCCCUCUAUGCCCCUAAACCCGCCUACGACCAGCUCGACCAAUACCGGUCACCCAAGCGGUCGGGAGAGGAGAAAUUAAGACGAACUGGACUCACUACCAUCUCUCCACAGGCAGGUGUCAGCAGUGAGAGUGAUGACAGUGAUGUAGAGCGAAGUGCUCGACCCAUCCGCCGCACCCGACCACCUCACCUCCACCACCACCACCUGCUCCUACCCCGCCGUUCUGACCCGGAGGUGACGCCGCUAUCUCCUCCACCCUCCCUGGUCAACGCGGAGGAGGAGGAGGACUCACCCAUGAAGGACGAGGAGGAUGAGGAGGAAGAUCCCUUGCUGCCUUCCACCCCCGAGUCUAGUUCCUCCAUCACCUCCGCCGAAAUCUUCUCCCGAAUGACCCAAGGCGCGACCUCCGGGAGUACCGAUUCCAAUGGGUCGACCUCCAGGCUCCUAGUGAUAUCCCAGAACACAGACGAUACACUCAAUGCCUCCUCAGUCCCCACCAUCCCCGUCACCCCCAGUCCCCUCACCUCUCCCAGCCCCUCUGUCAGUCCCACCAUCCCACAGGUAGAGCCCUUCGCCUCUACUCCUACUUCAGCCAUCACCCCUGCUGCUGCCACCACUACAGGAGCCUCCACUUCGUCCGUCAACACCACCGAGCCUAUCGUGGGUCGCAGUGAGAGGUCCAAGUCUUGUGCCGCCGUGUUCCCCUCACUACAGGACCACCUCCGUGCUGCUGGCCUCUCCAGGGACGACCCAGUGCCCAAUGAAAAUCUCUCGGCACAGGAGAUAGAGAGCAAGUUCACGCAGCUGUCUCUGGCCUUCAAGACAGACAGACUAACACUGAGACAGCGGCUGGACGUGCAGCAGAGACAACGGGACACAGCGGAGACUAACUUUGACACGGAGAUCGACCAGCUGAGGAGUUCUGUCUUGGCGCUACAUGCAGAUUGCCUUGAUACUGAGCUGAUAGACGCCGUCACACAGGUCCGCCGACACCUUGAUAUCUUGGCAACCUCCUCCACUAGACUCGUUUAUGCAUCUGAGGUGUGGGGAGCCGUACAGCAAGAAUGGCGAGUGUCAAGAGCCCUAGAGGUCCUCCUGCUUCAUGUGGAGAACGUCAAGCGGAUGUACGAACGCGACCACCAGGAACUCGAGGAGAUGCGUCGAGUACUUAAUGAGUAUCAAAUUGAGCUGCCGGUAUCACCAGGAGCCAGUGGUGCCCUCAGUCAGUCAUCAUCAGACUACACAGCAGCCAGCAGACGUGUACGAGCCCUCAGCCUUGCUGGAUGUACCAACAAGUCCCAGGAUAAUCGACGCAUUAGUCUCUCUUCCGGCCUCACAAAGUCACAACCCAAUUCCUACCUGACGAGCAGUAGAGGGUCAAGACGACGAGCAUCACUUAUGCCAGACUUGAAACCUUUUCAAGAAAAGUUUGCUGCUCUGGCUGCAACAGCUGCUGCUGCUGCUGCAGCUGCAGCUGCAACCACAACAGCACCUGCAGCAGCCAGUUCUAGUUCUACCAAUUCUUCAACUACCAGCACAUCUAAAGAUAAUACAGAAGAAAAUGGGCAGCCUCCUACUGGGGUAUACAGCAGUAUCACCGAGGAAGGCAGUGAGAGUGGCGAAGAAGGUCAAGACUCGCCCUCUUCGACUACGAAUAAAAACCCGUCCAUAAACUCAUCCAUAAUUAACAGCCUCGCUCAGCUCCACCCAGACCUGUAUGCUGUCGAGCCCAGCCUGCAGAAUGGUGAUCGAAGAUUGAGUGAAGAGUCUAAUCUAUCAUCAGCAUCUCAGUCAACAGCACCUGAUGCUCCCUUACCAAGUGCUACUCCCACACCGAUCCCAAAUCCUCAACCUCAGCACUGGCUGAUGGUGGCGCUAGAGGGCGUGAUAGGUUGGGCUCGAGGUGGACAGUGGCCGUACUCCCCCCAGCAGACGGUACAGGGUGCUCGAUAUGCAUUUACAUCUCUGCUGCUUCUGCUAGCAGCAUUUUUCCUUCUGUUAACUAUUUCUUCUGGUGAUUCUUCAGUGCUACAGCCUUAUCAUCCGGGCUGGACUACAAUUCACCACGUGCUGCACCCAUUUGUCACCGUACGGUUCUUGGGUCCACCACCUACGUGACCAGCACCACCUUGCAUAAUGAAAUGUGAACAAAUAAUAUUUUUGCAGUCAGCAGAGACCUGAGAAAUUUUGCAUCUCUAAGCAACAUCACAUUUGAUGGAAUUGCAGUUGGAAGAUAUGCCAGCGAUGUUUAUUAUUAUUUUUAGUUCCUGACAAAACAGUUGCAUGUCAUAGGUCACCAAUUAGACAACUUGUGUUUUCAUAAGAUGGGAUGACAUGGCAUGGGUUAACGAAUUACAUAGUUAAUGUCAUUUGUAUAUUUAGUGUCUACUAUUGGAAGAAUGUGUAUUUUUGUUUCAUUGAGUACAGUACAGUAUAUUUCCUUGGUUAUUUAUUAUCCUUUUAGUAUAUUUUGUUCAAACUUUUAUAAAUGACAGGGAUUAUACUGUAUACAAUAACCUUAUUUUGAUACCAUUAUAAAGCACAACUGUAUAAGAUAGUCAUGUGAGUCUUAAAUUCUCCUUAUUUAGUUGUGACACUUAUAGAAUAAAUCCUAAAGGUUAAACCAUCCAAUGUGUAGAAAAAAACUGCAUUUUUAUAUUGUGUAUGCAUUAACAAACCUGCUUAAAGUACCCUGAAUAUCAAAAGGAAAUUAUUUUAGAUAGAGCGUAAUAAAGUAGAUAUUGUACCCAGAAUAUCAGUGAAAGUCCAAUGUAUCAGGUCCAUAGUGCAUUAUGAUAGAGGCUGUUUCUUUGUUUAACUCUGAGCAUUUUAUAUUGUGGGGAGAAGUGCCUUUGGUGCAGUUAAUAAAUAAUGAGCAUCAUACUAUCAGUCAUAUAGUUUCUUCUAUAUGCUUGGUUUAGUUUAUUAUAUCUGAUGGAAGGAAUAUAUUAUUAGUGCCAUUCAUAAGUAAUUACCAGUGCUUUUAACUACCCCAUACACUGUCUCUGGUAGUUUGCCUCUGUAUAAUAUUUGAUCAUGUUUAUUUGUUGUAAAAAUGUCUCUGCCAAGUAGUGGCCAUCAUAUUGGACAACCUUUUUUAUCUUAUGUCUGAAAAGAGGAUUAUCUUUUUGAUUCUUUGAUGAAAUAGUUUACAUAAAUAUUUAGGUGAUAAGUAUAUUUUAUUUACUGUGAUAAAUAGAUAGCAAGUCAUGUAAUUCAAUAAUAUUAUUGUACCAAUCUACAGUAUAUCAUAUUUUUUACAUUUUAAGUUCAAAGCGAAAUUUAUUUCAUUUAAAGAUACCUGAGGAAUAUUUAUUAACUAAUAAAAAUUG